CGUAAUGGAGCCGCUCGGCGCGCCUGAUCCGCUGGUGUUCGUAGUGAUGGGCGUGGCCGGAUGCGGCAAGUCUAGUGUCGGGACCGCACUAGCGCGAGCGCUGGGCGCUCCGUUCCUGGAGGGCGAUGAGCUGCAUCCGCCCGAGAACAUUGCCAAGAUGCGUAGUGGCAUUCCGCUCACUGACGAGGACCGGUGGCCGUGGCUUUAUAGAAUUCGCGAGCGCAUUGCCAAGGCGCUGGAGUUUGGUGAUCGGCUGGUUGUGAGCUGCUCGGCGCUGAAGCCCGUGUACCGCAACCUGCUUUGCUGGGGCGCGCCCGACCCACACUCUACAGCCGCCAGGUCAUGCACCAGCACCGCUGCAGCCAGCACGGGCAUCACCGCCGCUGCUGCCACGCCCUCCAGCCCCGGCGCCUCCCGUGUUGCCUACAUCCUGCUGCAGCCGAGCGAGGCGGAUCUGCGGCGGCGGCUGGCGGCCAGGGCGGCGGCCGGCGGCCACUUCAUGCCGCCCUCGCUGCUGGGCUCACAGCUGGCCGCGCUGGAAGUCCAGCCGGAGGAGAUGUGGGCCGUGGUGGAGCCCAGGCAGCGGCGGCAGCAGCAGGGGGCUGGGCAUGGCGCGGCGGCGGCAGUAGCUGGUGAGGUCACCCCCGCGGACGGGCCCCAUUGCCAGGAGCUGGUGUUCCCAGCAGCGGAGGUCAUUGCAACGGAGCUGGCAGCUCGACUGCAGCACCCGUGAGGCGCUGGGCGAACCACAGCAGGUGGAGCCGUGCGGGCGCAGGCCAGAUGGUGAGGCGCGGCGCUGUGGCAAGAGGCCUAGCCAGGCAAGGCCUUGAAUGUCGUGCACAGGUGGAGGCAGUGCAUGCUUGGCCCUAGGGGGCGACGGUCAGGGGUCCGUUUUCAUUG